UUUGACUAUCACUUCUCUUCUUACUGUCUUUCUCUUUUUCCCCUCAUUUAUAAAUAUUCCUUCUCCCACUUUCCUUUCUUUCUUUUGCCCUUUCCUUUCCUUUUCAUAAAAAAAUCUUUUUAUGCUGAAGCAAUUCUAUUCGAAACUACAAAAGAAGAAGAAGAAUGCAUUUCCAACAGCUUCAACCGAGCAACGAACCAUAUAUGUCAAUAUGGACCUUCCGCUCGAGGAGUUAGAUGAUUACGGCCAACCGACACAUUCUUACAUUUCAAAUAGAAUUCGUACAGCCAAAUAUACUUGGUACACCUUUUUACCAAAGAACCUCUUUGAACAGUUCAGAGGCAUUGCCAACAUCUAUUUCUUAUUUCUUGUCAUUCUUCAAAUGUUUCCUCUCUUCAGCACCUCAGCUUCACCCGUCCUGGUCAUUUUACCCUUGGCCGCCAUUCUUAUCCUGACGGGUGCCAAGGACGCAGUUGAGGACAACAGACGAUUUCACACGGAUGAAAGUGUAAAUAAGGCCAUCACAUAUACCUUAUCAGCUUGGAAAAAUGUAAAUACACCUGUCUACAAAGUGGCUCGGUGGAAAAGGUGGCUCAAUUCAAUCAAGAACCUGUUUAGGACAGGGUAUGAUCAGGAGACCUUGAUGAGGCUUGAAACAGGUCAGAACAGCAAAACUUCCCUUCGACAGACUAUUCGGUCAAAGGCUUCGGCUGUGUUUCAUAAAAAGAAGAUGCGUUACAGGCCAGGCCAAGUUCCUCACUCGGUCUUGAGACGUUCCAUGCUUGAUCCUAAACCACAACCCUUGAAGCGUCAGUCGACGAGCAUACGACAGCCAGUGGAUAAGCGAUGGAAACGAACGCUCUGGCAGGACGUGAAGGUGGGCGACUUUGUCUUUCUUCGAAACAAUGAUGCAGUACCAGCCGAUAUGGUCGUCUUAUCGUCAUCAGAACCAGACGGGCUUUGUUAUGUAGAAACACAAAAUUUGGACGGUGAAACAAACUUGAAGAUUAAGCAUUCGCUGCAGGCCACAAAUGAGAUCAGAACACCCGAAGAUUGUGAGCAGUCCAAGUUUUAUAUCGAAAGUGAACCACCGCAUGCCAACCUGUACUCUUAUAAUGGUGUGUUGAAAUGGAAAGUAGAAGAUGAGAUAACAGAAGAUAAAACGCCAGAAAGACGACAGAGCUCAUUCUCUACGCAUACAGCAUCGGAAGAAACAGCGGUAGAACUGGAAACGAUUGCAGACUAUGGAGACGACGACGAGGACGAUAUAGUAUCCCAUGAAAAGACAGAGGCGAUUACAGGCAGUUCGAUUUUAUUACGUGGAUGUGUCUUGAGGAAUACAGGCUGGGUCAUUGGACUCGUCUUGUUUACUGGAAAUGAAACAAAAAUCAUGCUCAAUUCUGGCAAGACACCAAGCAAACGAAGCAAGAUGGAAAAGCAGACAAAUCCUUAUGUCAUUUUCAAUUUUAUAAUACUUUUAGCCUUGUGUUUAAUUUGCUCUAUUGCUGCGAGUAUCCUGUAUGAUAGUCCAUCGUCAUCUAACCUUUUUGAAGUGCCAGAUGCUGAAAAUGGGACAAUGGAAGGCUUUAUCAUGUUUUGGAUAACCUUGGUCAUCUAUCAAAACAUCAUUCCUAUCUCUCUCUACAUUUCGGUGCAAAUUGUCAAGACAGCCGCAGCCUACUUUAUUCACACUGACAUUGACCUUUACAAUGAACGCCUCGACUUACCAUGUACUCCCAAGACAUGGAACAUUUCUGACGACCUUGGGCAAAUCGAAUACAUCUUUUCUGAUAAGACCGGCACGCUCACUCAAAACAUUAUGGAAUUCAGACGAUGUACUGUUAACGGUGUAUGUUACGGCUUGGGCGAAACCGAAGCUGCUGUAGGUGCCAAACUAAGAGAUGGAGCCGUCGCGGCUGACUCUGCCAAGAUUGUGAACCAAGUUGAUCUCGAAAAGGCACGAGCUGAGAUGCUUGAGAAACAGAGCGCACUGUUUGAUCACAAAUACAUGAAUCCAGCCUCGACCUUUGUUGACCCCAAAGUCUUUGACGACAUUUGUGCCCAAAACGAACAAUCUCAAAGCCUGGUUCAUUUCUUUUCGGCAUUGGCUCUUUGUCACACGGUGAUUCCCGAAUUGGAUGAGAACGAUAAGAUUGAGUACAAGGCUCAGUCGCCGGAUGAGGCUGCGCUUGUGGCUACGGCAAGAGACCUUGGCUUUACUUUUGUGGCAAGAGAACAGGAUAAUGUGGUCGUAGAUAUCAUGGGCGAACAGAAAACGAUGAUCCUGUUGAACGUUUUGGAAUUCAAUUCGACAAGAAAGAGAAUGAGUGUGAUCAUGCGGUCGCCUCAGGAUGGCAAAGUGAUCUUGUUAUGUAAAGGUGCUGAUUCUGUUAUUUACGAAAGAUUGUCUAAAGGCUUGGAAGAAUUGGAUGAUGAAGCAAGUAAACGGCAACUGAAAGUGAGGGAAGAAACCCUGCAGCAUUUAGCAACAUUUGCUAAUGAAGGUCUACGAACUCUCUGUAUUGCAAGUCGAGUGAUUGAAGAAGAUGAGUACCAACAAUGGGCGGCUCGGUACAAGGCUGCGUCAAACAGCAUACGUAACCGAGAAGAACAGAUUGAGCAAGUAUGCGAAGAGAUCGAAUCGUCGUUAACUCUGAUUGGUGGUACAGCCAUCGAAGACAAGUUACAAGAGGGCGUGCCAGAUACCAUUGCUCUACUAGCUCAAUCAGGCAUCAAGAUUUGGGUCUUGACAGGUGAUAAAGUAGAGACAGCAAUCAAUAUUGGCUUUGCCUGUAACUUGCUUACACAUGAGAUGCUGCUAAUUAGCAUUAAUGCCAAAAGCGAAGAAGAUACUAUGGACCAGUUACAAAAGGCAUUGCUCGAGGUUCGAGAAAAAUCUGAAUCAGAGCCCUGUGCGCUGAUCAUCGAUGGUGAAUCACUCAAGUACGCGCUUGAAAAAGAUGACUGUCGACUCAAAUUGCUUUCACUUGGUACACAAUGUCGUGCAGUCGUGUGCUGCCGUGUGAGCCCUAUGCAAAAGGCAAAAGUCGUCAAUCUUGUCAAGAAGGGGCUCAAGGUGAUGACACUCGCGAUUGGAGACGGUGCUAAUGAUGUCUCGAUGAUUCAAGAGGCUAAUGUGGGCAUUGGUAUUUCUGGAGAAGAAGGACGUCAAGCUGUGAUGGCGUCUGAUUACGCCAUUGCUCAGUUUAGAUACCUGGGUAAGCUUCUCUUGGUACAUGGUCGCUGGUCUUAUUUACGUACGUCUGAAAUGAUCUUGACCUUCUUUUAUAAAAACAUCAUGUGGACCUUGGUCCUGUUUUGGUACCAACUGAUGUGUGGGUUCUCUGGAACGAUGAUGUUUGAUUAUUCCUACAUUACCUUAUAUAACCUUGUUUUUACAUCUUUACCCUGUAUCUUUGCCGGUGUCUUUGAUCAAGAUCUUAAGGCAGAGUAUUCAUUUAAAUACCCACAGCUUUACUUAAUGGGCAUCCGAAACGACAAAUUCACCACAUCUCGAUUCUAUUUGACAGUAUUUGACGCCAUCUACCAAAGUGCCAUCUGUUUUGGCUUACCCUACAUGCUCUUUGUUGGCCCCAAGGCAAGUAGAGAAGGAUAUGACACCGAAGGAGUGAUUGAACUAGGUACUUUUAUUGCCGGUAUUGCUGUUGUCGUUGCAAACGCAUUUGUGGGCUUCACGAUCUUUAGCUGGACUUGGAUCAUGUUUCUUUGCAUUUCACUUUCAUCCGCUACUUUCUUCAUCUGGGUUGGUAUCUAUUCAAACGUGCCCACAUUCCAGUUUUAUGGAGAAGACAUCAUCUUUCGAGAGGCUAGCUUCUGGUUAUGCCUUGUGCUCACAUUUGCCGUCUGUUUACUACCUCGGGUAAUAACCAAGUACUACCUCCACAUGUACCGUCCUUAUGACAAUGACAUCAUUCGAGAAAUCGUUCUCUGCAACAGCGGACUCAAGAAAACCAAGUACAGAUAUGUCGACGAAGAGCAGAUACCGAUGGCGCGCAGCUACAGUGACCACUCGAUGGCGAGUACGAUCAAACGAAAGAGAGAUCACCUGAAGGCAAAACUGGGGCUAUCACGCACCUUGUCUGGUAGAAGCGAGAUCAUGAACAUGCGAACCGGCACACGUACCUCGUUUACUGGAUUUGCCUAUUCUUCAGACGACCAUCAGGUCUUUGACGACUAUCGAAAGUCUGUUUACCGUACAACGACCCAGACGUCUCGACUCUCUGUCAUAAGCUUGCCUGUUGAUAAAAAAGCGACCAAGAGUUCAGGACAGGACUGGAUGCCCCUGGGCGAACUUCGACUUCGCCAUUAUGAUACCGCGCCUGUUGGCAUCAAGAAGGAUAACCUGGGUAAAAAGAUGAUGAAGGCAGUCAAGGAAAAGAUUAUGACAAAACAUAAUCCAUUCUUGUCAUCCAGUGAACGAAUUGAUCUGAUGCCUCUGACAGAACAAACAUAUACCGGUUCUCAGCAUCAUGAGAGUAGUCAUCAUGACCCUCUUCAUAAAAUAGAUCGUCAUUAUUAAUUGAUUACACGCAUUGUAAAGUUUAAAACUAUAGAAACAUGUACAUUCCCCCUUUUGAUAUCAUCACAUUAAAUUAUUCAUUCUUAUCAAUAAUCUGAUAAACUUUGAUUUUU